AUGACACUGAAAUUAAAAAAGAUAAUAAUGGCGGACGUAUUGUAAAGUGACGCAAACGUAACGUCCUACGGCAUGCGUUUUAUUAAUAUUUUCAGAGUUCAAGUUGUGUUAAAUCGUUUUUUAACGUCAUUAGUGAACACAUGACCAUUUAGAGAGUUUUCGGCAGUACACCCGAACAAUGGCGCGCGAGUUUGAUCAUCUUUUUAAACUGCUGAUUAUCGGUGACAGUGGUGUGGGUAAGAGCUGUCUGCUCCUGCGGUUCGCCGACAACACGUUUUCGGGUAGCUACAUAACGACGAUAGGCGUCGAUUUCAAAAUAAGAACCCUAGAAAUUAACGGAGAGCGAGUGAAGCUGCAGAUAUGGGACACAGCAGGACAGGAGCGGUUCAGAACGAUAACCAGCACGUAUUAUCGGGGAACUCACGGCGUCAUCGUCGUGUACGAUGUCACCAACGGAGAGUCCUUCGCGAACGUCAAACGGUGGCUGCAUGAGAUUGAACAGAAUUGUGAUGUAGUGAACAAAGUCUUAGUUGGAAACAAGAAUGAUUGUCCAUCACGGAAAGUAGUAGUCACGGAGGACGCUCAGAGGUUUGCCAGCCAGAUGAACAUACCUCUGUUUGAGACUAGUGCAAAAGAGAAUAUCAAUGUGGAGGAGAUGUUUCUCACUAUCACAAAAAUGGUACUAAGAUCAAAGCUGGAAAUGAAGGAGAGACAAAACGUCACAUCAAACGACACAGUCAACCUGAAGAAUAGUCGCAGCAAAAACAAGAAGAAGUGUUGCUAGUGGUGAAAUAGGGCACAGUGCCGGACACUUACGCUAUGCUCAAAUACUGUGUGUUGCACAACCCUAGCAGGACCACGGACUACAAUACAAGUGUUUCAUUAGUGUCAGAAUAUUUUCUUAAGUGGAAAACAUGUCAUACUGUCCAGUCACUGGUGCUAGGAAUUUGAAAAAGGAAUUGUUCAAAACCGUUAUUCAAUAUUUUGAAAAUGGUUUCAUUCUCGUGGUCUCUCGUGGUCACUUGAUUGGGCAGUUUGGACAUCAUGAAGGGUAAUUUAGAAAUAUGUACUGCAUUUUUAAUGCAUGUUAUAAAAUGUUGAUCUCUAUUUGAAAUUUUGUCGCAAUUGAGUGGAAACUUAUUAUCAUUCGUAUUGGGAUAAUUAUGGCCUGCAGACAGCACAAUAGAAUCAUUUUUAGAUACUUUUCAUUGCCACAUAUUUACAUGCAUAUAUAUAAACCUUAUAAACUAUCAUUUAAAAUUAUUAUUUGUACAACUAGCACACCAAAUGUUCAAACACUGUAUUCAGGUUUCAUAGAGAUAUUACUACAUAUAUAAGUCCUCAAAUGAUUUCAUACACAAGAGACUUUCUGUUGUGUUGGAUCUUGGAGCAUUGUAGACUUGUGAAGCAAAAAAGGCAAGACUGAACAAAAAUUGAAAACAAUCCUCAACAAAAUGCAGUUUUUUAUUGCCUACAGUAUGAAAUUUAUAUCGGCCUGUCAGUGCAAAAGUACCUUUAAAAAUCUGUCAAGUUUACAUUCUAUGGUCACUAUUCAACAAGUUUGUUGUAUAUCAUUGUCAAUAUGUGGUUAUUUUUCAUUACGCUGGGUUGACACAUUGUGCACGAGGAGCGAGCAUGUAUAUGGAAAUAUUGACUCCAAAAAUUACAUUAGGCUAUUAUGAAUGCAUAGGUGUGUUUGUACUCCCAAUAUCUUUAUGUGGUGGAGUGUGUAUGAUAUGGAAAUGUUGCAUAGAAUAUAUAAAUGUAUACCAUUAAUUUAAUUUUUACUAAGGUCGAUUUUGAGGGCAGGCAUCGUUUGGUUUCAUCACAUGAUUUUUUUAUGGCCCAGUCACUUUUCAAUGCAGUAUGUUUCAAGAUGAUAUUGGCAAUGGCCUAUGUUAAACACUGAAAGCAAUUUUGCUGAACAUAAAAUAUAAUAAUUGAACGGCUAGUAUAAUUCUAUGUCCAAUGGAGUUGGCCGGUUGAAGUAUUUUACAGAUGGCGCCAGCAUAGCUUGCCCUGUUAAUUCAUAGAAUUGUGUCAAAAUGUUGUUGUUUUUUUUUUUUAUAUUAUGGCCUGGAGGAAUCCAGGCCACAAUAUUAAAGCCAAAUCUCAUAGAACAAAACUAGAGAAAGGGGCAAGCCAUGAUGGCGCCAUCUAUGCAAACCUCUGCCAGUUUCAAACCCCAUUGGCAUUUAUGCCGAAAUUGUAUUUUAGUUGAAUGAUGUUAUGAUCAGGUAUAAAUAUAGCAAAAUAUGAUAUGCGGGAAAUACAAUGACUGAUCCUCAUUGUGGAAUGAAUUAGGAAAUACCGAAGGUGCGUAUAUUCUUUCAUAGCCAGCCUUAUGUUGUACAGGAAACCGCGGACUGUGAUUGGGCCAUAUCGGAACGAAUAAGGAUAAUUUUAAAGUAAAUUAAACAAUUGGAAAUGUAUUAUUAUGAUUAUUUAAGUAAUGGUUCGCUGGAUGCGAUAUUCAAGUGUUGGUACAGAAUGACCAAUUUGUUUUAUGGGCUAUGUUAACACAUUAGAAAAGCUUCAGUUUUUGUUUUGAUAAAAAGUAACUAUUUUAACGUGGCUGAAACGGCACACGCAUGCUGAUCACAUUUUAAAAGUAUAUUUUAUUUUUCUUUGUCCUACUUAAGUCAUACUAUAUUUUAAUAUUUACAUAUCACUGUAAAUAUUGGCAAAAGUAUUGUAAAUGCCAAAUUUUUCGUAUUCUGUUUGGUUAACAACUAUUAAGUUGUACAACUAAUUAGUAUUUGGAAUUCUUGCAGCUCACAGGGCUUGUCCAUUAAUCACGUCAUAUGUUUUUGGCUAGUUUUUGAUAUUAUUCAAUUCAUUUGUUUAUUAUUACACCAACUUCAAAGUUUGUAUGUUUAACCGUUAUAGAUAAUAGAUAUUAGAAACAACCGUCUCUUGUAUGGAGCCCCGCCCCCCUUUUUUUGACAGUGUAGGAAUGCAGUUCGCAUCGUCCCCCCCAGGUCUGAGGUGGAUCGAUUUGGGGGAUAUGUGGGACUCUCACCUCCCGGAUCUUUCCACUUACAAAUGUAAAUGCAUGAUUUUUUUCAGACCCCCCUCACCCCUUACUUAUGAUGACGUGAUUAAUGGACAGCCUCACUGAGUUCUGUCAAAUAAAUGUUAUUUUGUGCAAACAUUUACCCUAAUAAUGAAAACAACAAGUUGGUUGUCUAUCAUAUUAGAGAAAGUGGGAUACAGUAUCUAAAAAUAAAACUAAAUUUCAUAGUCAUGCAUCAAAAGAUAUAUAAGUAUGUACUAUUCAAGAUAAUACUGUAUCCUUUGUCCCUGACAGAUAAAGGUUAAUUCAGACAUCUGUUAUUUUUAUACAUUUUAAUGACUUUAUUGACACGGCAAGUGGUUAGAUCAAGCUAAAGGCCAGUUCAGACGACGUGAUCAAAUCGACCGAUUUCACCAGAAAAUAAAUUGGCGUCAAUCACCAAUUUUAGACUUAUGGUGAUAUUUGAGGGAGUGUCAUGAACGUAAUAUUUUCAUAGAAAUUUGAUGUGUUUCCAAUACCACACUUUGUCACUACAAAUUCUAUACAGAGUUAGAGUCAGACCAAGCUAAGUUGGCAGCGAUUUUGGACGGUGCAAGUGUUAAGUAAACGCCAUAAAAAAUUACGUUUAAAAUAACACUUUUACCGUCUGGACUAUCAUAAUCGCUGCCAACUUAGCUUGGCCUGACUCUAGCGACUCUAGGCUUCUCUUAUCUGUCAGGAUCAAAGUGAAAGAGCACGUAAUUUUGUAAAAUUAUUGAGGCAAGGUAUGUUUUAUCUGCAGUAUUGCAAUUUCCAUUUUCUAUUUAUUAAAAACCCUGAUCGGGAACUCAUUGGAAAACAUGGAUUGAUAUUUUUGUAAUAUAAUAGGUAUAAUUUUUAUCAUUUAUGAAUUUAUAAACAAUUAUUUAACCAAA